AUUAAUUAGUAAGACAUUUUUUUUUUUAGAAAUACAAAUGUUAUUUAUCUGCUCAUAUGGAAAAGAAAAAAUAUGGAGCAUACACCUGCACCAUAUGCGCCUAGAGCUGUUUAUGGUUAUGCUAUGUAUAUAGGAUCAAAUUUAUUUUUUAUACUGUAUCUAAUAUGGUCCAUAGUACCUGAUUAUAUUUUGAAAGAUUACUUAGGUUUAUCGUACUAUCCAUCCAAAUAUUGGGCCAUUGCGAUUCCUGUUUGGGCUUUAACAGCCCUUGCUACAUUCGCAUUUAUCAUUUAUCCUGCUAUGAAUUUAUUAAUGACUCCUGAUAUUGAUGAUAUUAGAACCAUUACAGAUAAUUAUGCUCAAAGUAGAAAAGAAACUACUCCUGGUGGUGUACCACCUGUUUUUGAUAUACCUAUAACUGAAGUUUGUAGACAAUUAUAUUUAUCUGAGGAUAUUAAAGUUAAUUACAGUUAAA